AAAUCAUUGUAAACGCUAAAUAAAGAUUGCAUCACUUCUCUGCUCUUCCGAAUGCAAAUCGACAACGUUGCCAUUGUUGACAAAUCGCCAACAUUGGACAAAUAAACGAGCAAAACUUUAUGGAUCAUAGAAGAUAUAUAUUUUCAAAAAUAUUUAAUUCAAUGUAAUUAUUGGUAGGAAUGACUCAAUAAAAUAAGACGACUGAUGCUUUAAAUCAUUUCUGAACAUUUUAAAAAAUUCUCUAAAAUGAAGCGUCAAAUAUUCGUUGGUGCCUUGGUGCAUUCUAACGAAAAAAGAGAAUUAAUUAUGAUUGAUCGCGCUGCUGUAAUGGUUGAAAAUGGCAAGAUCAUUGAUGUUACUGUGAAUCCAGAACCUAGUGCACUUAUAGGUGAUCAUGUCACUUUUUUAAAUGACAAACAAUUUUUAAUGCCAGGUCUUAUUGAUUGUCAUACUCAUGCAGUUCAAUUUCCUAAUCUUGGUUUGGGUUAUGAUAAAAAUCUAUUAGAUUGGUUAGAAAAAUAUACUUUCCCCUUAGAAAAAAAAUAUGUCGAUGAAGAAUUUGCUAAACAUGUAUUUGAAACUGUUGUGAAACGUACUCUUGCCAUGGGUACAACAACAGCAUGUUAUUUUGCAUCUUUAUAUGGAAAAGCAUCUAUGGAACUUGCACGAGCAGUUGCACAUUUAGGCCAACGUGCCUUUAUAGGAAAAGUAAAUAUGAAUGCAUAUCGUAACGAUGGAUACUAUGAAAAUACUGUAGAAUCUAUAAAAAAUACUAUACAAUUUAUAAAUGAUAUUUUAAAUCUUGAUAAUCAUCUUAUAAAACCAAUCAUUACACCAAGAUUUGCUUUGAGUUGUGAUAUGGAAUUGAUGAAAGAAUUGGGCAACCUGGCUAAAGAAAGAGAUCUUCACAUACAAACACAUAUUUCUGAAAAUAUAGAUGAAAUUAAAGCUGUAAGAAAUAUGUUCAAGGAGUAUCCAUCUUAUGCUAGUGUAUAUAAUGCAGCUGGACUUCUAACUAAUAAGACAAUAUUAGCUCAUGCAAUACACCUCACAGAGGAUGAAAUAAUGCUUAUUAAACAAAAUGAUACAGCAAUUAUACAUUGUCCAUCUUCUAACACAUGUUUAAAAAGUGGUAUGUGUGACAUACAAAAAUUAAAAUCAAAAGGACUUAAAAUAGGACUAGGGACAGAUGUAGCAGGUGGACAAAGCUCUAGUAUGGUGGACGCAAUGAGAUCUGCGUUACAAGUAUCAACUAACCUUGCUAUGUUUAAAAGUGACUAUGAAAGUCUCAACUAUAAAGAAGUGUUUUAUAUGGCUACUUUAGGAGGCGCUAUAUCACUAGGGAUUAACAAAGAGGUAGGUAAUUUAAUACCUGGUAAAGAAUUUGAUGCACUUAUAGUAGAUAUGAGUGUAAGUAAUGGGCCAUUAGAUGAUUUCAUGAGUUAUUCACUAGAAAAACAAUUACAAAGAUUUAUAUAUUCUGGAGAUGAUCGUAACAUUAUCGAAGUUUAUGUUUCUGGUUAUAAAGUUAAAUAGAAAUAUAUGCAUCACAUAUUUUUAUUCUUUGUAUAUCACAUAGUUCAUUUCAUUUAAUAUAUAUUAUAUAUUUUCACAUUUAUCUUCAAAUUGUAACUUGGAUAUAUUUUAUUUUAUUGAUUAAUAUUUUAAACAAGUAUAAUUAGUAUGAUUCAUCAAUGUAUAUUUUUAGUACAUGUAUACAAAGCUGUGCUAGUAAUUAUGCAAUGCAUGCAAGCACAUAGAUGGUCAAUAAUGCAGUUUAAGAGUAUUUAAGCCGGUUCUGAAUAUAUAUUUCCCAAGUUUUAUUUUAAUUAUCUUUAUGAUAUUUCAAAAAUGAUUGUAUACUUCUUA